AUGGGUGGCACUUACACGGCCCCUGUCAUGGCCACUCGCACCGUGACCACCUGCAUCGGAAACAACGGAAACUGCUGCGUGCAGUACGAUGACAGCAAGAAGAUGUGGCGCGACUCCCUCAUCAUCAUCCUGAAGACACCCUACUGCAUCGGCACGCUGCUGGCUUUGUUCCUGCAUUUGAUGCUUCCCUUCGAGAUGGAAGAAGAGGAGGUGGGCGAGAACGUGCAGGAAAAGCCUUCCGUCGGAGAGCUGUCUGCUCAGCAGAUCGCUGUAGAGCCUUUUCUCCAGGUUUGGUUCGAAUUUCUCUUCGGCAGCUUGCUGUCUGGCAAUCAGUUGGAGGAUUGGAAGACUGUGAACCCGUUUCUGUCCGAGCAGGAGCUCCAGCUGCUCUCGGACCUUGCAGCUCUCACCAUGCUACGCUCCAAUCGCUUGGGUUUGCUGAGCCGUGCCUUGGAGGAGCUUAACCGCGUCCGGAUGGAGGUUCAGCUGCUGGAAUCUGGCACACCCUUGUCGGACAGGAAGCUCGUGAUGGCUCAGGCCUGCUCGGCUCUCUCUGGCACGCUGCGGUCACGGCGUGCUUAUGCGCCACACGACUUGGAAGGUGACUACGACCCGCGCUUCCUCGCGUUCGAGUUUACUCGAAACAUGCUCCUGAGGGACAACCAGGUGGACCUCGUCAAGGAUUUCGUGACGAGCCUGGAGACUGCCAAGAAGGAUGCUGGUGGUUGCAGCGCCAUGGUGAAGCAGAUGAUCAUGGGGCAGGUGUGCCCUUUGCUGGUGCUCAUGCUAGCCGAUGGGAAGCAACUUGUUGUCCUCGUUGUUCCUGGUGCCCUGUUGGAUAUGUCUCGUCGUGUCCUGCGAGCCACCUUCGCCUCCGUCCUGACCAAGAAGGUGGGUACUUUCGAGUGCGAGAGAUCCUCCUCCUUUGACCCACAUCUGCUGCGGAAGCUGGAGAAGGCAAAGACUUCGGGCGCCGCAGUUGUGACGGUGCCAACAUCGGUGAAGUCUCUGAUGCUGCGCAUGAUUGAGCUCAUGAUGAAGCUCCAGACGAAGGGCAAGGAGGCCGACACCGCGGUUACAGAGACACGGUCUCAGGUGCGGCAGCUUUCGAAGGCACUUGCACUUUUCCGCCAGGGCGCUGUGCUCAUGGAUGAGGUGGAUGUGGUGCUACACCCGCUGAAGUCCGAACUGAACUUCCCCUACGGCCCCAAGGAGCCACUGGACGGUUCCUCCCCUCGUGCUUUCCGCUGGACCUUGCCGAUGCACCUCUUCGAAGCUUUCUUCCUGGCGCAGGCUAUCAUGAAAGCCGGAGGCAAGAUCCCGGCAAAUGCGGAGGCACAUCUCUCCGGGGCGCAGGGUACACGGUACAAG